CUCUAUCUAAAGUAUUUCGGUAUUUUAAACUUGUUUAGAAAAUGUCACUAAUCCUUUUUUUAAAAAUUGACAUGAAAAAUAACAUCAAUACAUGAUCGUAUCUCAUGAUACGCUAAUUCUGCAAAAUUCUUUCCCCGUUCACCAGUAUUUUCUUUGAAGCACUGAACAACAUUUCAGAAAUUUGUAACUCUGUAGAUGCUUGCAAAUACGGGUAUAACGGUUCUGCAUUCAUUACCGUAUUAAUACAUGCAGAGGGUCCUUCACGGAAUAGAGGGCGGCUUUAGUUAAUCUCUAAACGAUAUAGUUUAUUUUCAUGAUUAAUUUAUUUCGUUUACGAAAAAAUAUACGGUAUAAAUGGGUUUGUUUUCCAAUUUGUAUAACAUGAUAGCUUCUCCCACCUAUUUAUUACCCCCCAAAGAAGAUUAAAACUGAGCUUCUUUUGGUUUAAAGAGUAAAGUUGAAAGGGUCAACUUCGUCUGCUUGCACAUGUUGACAUUACGUAAAGGGGCACCUGCUUUACUGAAAAUCAGCAGAAUUUAGCCGGCCACUUGAUUUGCUUUAGAGAUAUGUCAGAAUACUUAAAACCAGCAGCAGCCAUUGCACUGCCAUUUGUAGGGGCAACUCUGGGAUCCGUGAUUACAAGAAAAAAUAAAUCACCAUGGUACGAGAACAUUAAGCUUCCCUCUUGGAGACCCCCUAGCUAUGUUUUUGGCCCUGUUUGGACAGCCUUGUAUGGAGGUAUGGGAUAUGCAUCAUACUUGGUGUGGAAGGACGGUGGAGGGUUCCAGGGUGAUGCAGCCCUGCCCCUGGCACUGUACGGCAGUCAACUGGCCCUGAACUGGGCAUGGUCACCCAUUUUCUUUGGCGCUCACAAACUAGGAUUGGCUACCUUAGAGAUUAGCUGCCUAUGGGGGACCAUUGUAGCCACAAUCUUCGCAUUUCGUAAAGUGAACACCACAGCAGCAUACAUCCUGGUCCCUUACCUCGGGUGGGUCAGCUUUGCCUCAGUUUUGAACUUCAAAAUCUGGCGAAUGAACAAAGAUGACAAGGUCACAAAGUCUUCAUAGACAGGAACAAAAUUUGUGUUGUCAUUAAUUCAACAUACCAGUAAUGGAUGACAGAGACAGGCUUGUUUGUUUCCAUGCAGUGGUUGAAUUAACUAGUCGUGGAGGAUGCAGAUUGUUACAUGUUAUAUACACAGCUGUGCAAUGCGAUUUCAUCGUUAUUUGAACUAUAACCUGGUACAAACAUUUGUUAUCUGUAGUACAUGUAUAUAUUACAGGUUAUUAGUACUUUAUAGUUUAAGGUUAUUAGUACAGUUGUACACUGCACCUGUAAUUUAUAGUUUAUAUAUGUAUACAUGUACUUCUUUUCUUGUUAUAAACAACUGAUGAGUUGU